GAAGACGGAAGCAGCGCUGUGUGUAGAAUUUUUUUUUUUUAUCAGAAUUUUAUCCUUUUUUAUUCCUAGAUUGAAUUUUGGCUUACAAAAAUGGGGAUGGUUGUAAUAUUUGUCCUCUCCAGCUUGGUGGUGGGUUUUGCUUGGGGUGAGCUGAUUUUAGAACCAGACAGACCCUCACUGAGUGUGCCAGUCUCUGAAAAUGCUUCACUGGAAUGCUGCUAUAAAUCACUGUCAGGGAGAGUGAAUGUCCGCUGGAUCCACCAUUAUAACAAUACUCAGCAGACAUUGUUGGAACAAACACCUGAAUCACAAGAUUCAAAAUCUGGAAACAUAUAUUGUGCCCAACUGAACUUCCCUAAAGUAAAGCUGGAGGACCUCGGAUUUUACCAUUGUCUGCUGAAUGAUAGUGGCGACACAUAUUACACACAUGGAACCUACCUGCGUGUCUACAAGCCAAUGGAGAAGACCAUAAACCUGAGAGAAACCACCAAAAACAAGAUCCUGAUAGCUGAGGGAUUCUUACUGUUAAUGUGUGUGAUGCUGCCUUCUGCCAUUCUUCUGUUCAAGUCAAAGAAGCUUAAUGAACUGGAGAAAAAGAAAGCAAAGAAAGAAGAGGAAAAUAUAUAUCAGGGGCUAAAUCUGGAUGACUGUUGUGCAACAUAUGAUCAGAUUGAACGCUCCCAAGCACAGGGCCCGUACCAGGAUGUGGGCAACAUUAAGGAAGAAGAGGAAGAAAUCCAGCUGGAGAAACCAUAAAACAAAAUGAAUAACAGACAGUUACGAGUGUUACAUGUAAAUAGCAGGCUUCUUACAACACGCUCUGAUUUCAGAGUUUUGUAUUCUGAAGGUUUUUAUUUUUUAAGAUUUUAUCUGUAUUUGUCAAAACAAUCUUAACACAAUAUCCACUGGUCUGCAACCAGGAUUUUAGAAAUACGUGCUUAUCAACAUAUCAACUAUAAACUUUUUUCAGUUUUUUUAUGAUGUUUUUAAAUAUACUUAUUUAGAUUUUUAAAUAUAUGUAGGUGUUUUGCUUUAGCUUUUUUAUUCUAAUUUUGCACACAGAUUCCAGAAAAUAAUGACGGGUCAGACUGGUUACUUAUGCAUCCCAGGUUGCGUUGUCGGCUUUUUAAAUAUUCAUUGACGUACAUCUGCAACAUUUAUGUGCUUUUUGCUAUUUCUGUGAGUGCUGGAAUAAUAAA